AGCCACCCGAUGUGGAAGCAGUUCUCACUUUUAGGUGAGAAAAUAAUCCGCAUUAUAGAACAAAUAGUCGGACAAACAGUCACAACUAGGAAUGGCCUGUGUUAACACUUCCUGGUCUGAAGAGCAGCCUUGUGUUGAACCAGCAAAAGUUCCCUGUGACGUCUGUACUGGGACCCAGCAGAAGGCUGUGAAGUCCUGCCUGAUGUGUUCUGCCUCAUUCUGCCAAACCCACCUGGAGCCACAUCAGAGAGUCGCUGGGCUGAAGAAACAUCGGCUGGUCGAGCCUAUGGACCGUCUGGAAGACAGGAUGUGUAAGAAACACGACCGACUUCUGGAGCUCUUCUGCCAGACUGAACAGGUGUGUGUGUGUCAAUUCUGCACAGAGGCAGACCACAAGUCCCAUCCUGUUGUACCUCUAAAGGAGGAAUAUGAAGUGAAGACGGUCCAGCUGGGGAAGAGAGGGGCUGAAGUUCCGCAGAUGAUCCAGGAGAGAAAACAAAAGAUUAAGGAGAUCAAAGACAGAGUAGAACUGAGCAACAAAGACGCAGACAGAGAGAUAGCCCAUGGUGGGCAGGUCUUCACUACUCUGAUAGGCUGUGUUGAAAAGGGCCGGGAUGAAUUCAACCAAACUGUUAAAGAGAAACUGAAAUCCACAAUGAAACAAGCUGAAGACCUCAUCAAAGAGCUGGAGCAGGAAAUAGAAGAUCUGACCAAUAGAAGCUCAAAGGUGAAGCGGCUCUCACACACUAAAGACCACCUCCACUUCCUCCAGGCCUUCAGAUCCCUGAAGGAUCCUCCAACCACCAGGGACUGGACCACGGUGGAGGUCCGUCCUCCGUCAUACGUAGGGACCUUGAGGAGAUCCCUGGAUCAGCUGGAGGAGACACUGAACAUGGAGAUGAAGAAGCUGCCUGAUGAUGCUGAACUGAAGAGGGUCCAGAAGUAUGAAGUAGAUGUGACUCUGGAUCCUGAUACAGCUCAUCCCAAGCUCAUCCUGUCUGAGGAUGGGAAACAAGUAUAUGAUGGAGGUGAAGUGAUUGAACUCCCAGACAACAAUACGAGAUUUACAACGUAUAGAUUUGUUCUCACGAGGCAGAGCUUCUCCUCAGGGAGAUUUUACUUUGAGGUCCAGGUUAAAGACAAGACUGAAUGGUGGUUAGGAGUGGCCAGAGAGUCCAUCAACAGAAAAGGUGAGACAGAGUGGACCCCUGAGACGGGUUACUGGACUCUUUGGUACUACGAGGAUGGGUUGGUAUUUAGUGAUAACCCUGAUGUCCGUCUCCCUCUGAGAGCUGCGCUCCAGAAGGUGGGGGUGUUUGUUGAUUAUGAUGAGGGUCUGGUCUCCUUCUAUGAUGUGGAAGCCAGGGUUCAUAUCUACUCUGCUACUGGCUGCACCUUCACUGAGCCUCUCUAUCCAAUCCUCGGUCAAUGGUAUCGUGAUGAAGGGAUAAACUCUGCCCCCCUGAUCAUCUCACCUGUCAAUCAAACAGACUAGGACCUUUGUUUGAUAAUAAAAUAAUCAAACGACCAAAACAACUAAUGUUGUUUCCUGAAUUAGAAUAGAAUAAGAAUCUCUACUAUGUGAGAACUGGGAGAUCUGCAUUAAUGUCAUACUGCUGUCAUUUAACGAGGAGAAUAUUUGUAAGAAUUAACCCUGCAGUUGUGUAAUAUAACCCUUUAUAAAGGGUUAUAUUACACUCCAUUUAUGUGUCUGUUUUCCUUUUAUUUAUUUUACAUGUUUAAAGAUAUAAAAUUUG